AUGACCAUUAACGUUUAUAAAGUCACGGAGCUGUCAAUGAUAUUAUCAAAGCGUCAAGCAUGUUGGAAAAAAGAUAAAGUUUUUGCUGCUUAUGUUGCCAUGCCGCUUUUUGUUGUCGAAGAAAUUAUAAAAUUUAUGAGGGUACGGUGUGAUAGCACAUCACAGACAGAACGAGAAAAUAACUUUCAUCAGACAACAGUUUUCCUUUAUUUGCAUAAUGCAUUUUUGCGGUUACAAACUACAUCCAGGACCUGUAAUUGUGAAUGA